GCUUCGAGACUUACGAACGGAACACACCGGCUCCACAAGUCAACUUUCGCUCGUGCGUGUGUUGAAGUGCGUGCUUUCCCGUGUAUUGUGUUGUGAUGGUGGUGGGCCGUACACGACGCGAGUGAAAAAAAAGGACCAGCAGCAGGAAACGAGGGAGCGUUCUGCCCCGUCGUGUCUCUAAACACAAGGCGGCUGACUUUACUAUGGGAGCAUGGUCUCGCGAUCGCCGACAUGCGACCGCGAAUCAUGCGCUCCGUUGCUCCCACACGCGCUGCUUCACUGCUACAGCUGUUGGUCGUCGCAUUGCUGCCCGUGGUCUGCGCCCUGCACGCCGACGAUGGGCACUCGGAAGCGUGGCCCGGAGCCGACGGCGCCGAAACACCGCCUAAGGAUGACAGACACCUUGCUGUUGUUGAGCCUCUGAUUCUCGUCUCCACCUUGGACGGAACCCUGCACGCCGUGGAAAAGAAGUCUGGUAGCAUACGCUGGUCCAGGAAAGAAGAGCCAGUUCUGAAGGUGCCUGCUGAUGUAUCUAAAAGCAGAACAAGUUUUCUUCCGGAUCCAAAAGACGGCAGCCUGUACAUUUAUGGCUUUGGCGAGACCAGUGGGGAGGACGCCAUCAAGAAGCUUCCCUUCACCAUUCCAGAACUGGUGUCAGCAUCGCCCUGUCGAAGCACCGAUGGUAUUCUCUAUACUGGUCAAAAGCUGGACGUCUGGUUUGCCAUCGACCUAUUUACUGGAGACAAGCUGGAGACAAUCUCGUUUCACGGCUCGGACAAGGUCUGCCCGGUGUCUUACGAGAAGGCAAUCUUCGUUGGCCGGACAGAGUUCCAAAUUGCCAUGUACGACAGCAAGACAGGUGAAAAAAGAUGGAAUGCCUCCUUUUUUGACUACGCGGCCCAGACGGCACCAGACUUGGCCAAGGAUUACGACUUGGCCCACUUCACGUCGAGUGAAAGUGGUCGGGUGCUGACAUUUAAUAAGGACACUGGUGAUUUCCUGUGGGAGCGGGAACUGGGAAGCCCCGUCGUCGCCGUCUACGAUGUCGGCGAAGAGGGCACGCUGCGUCGUCUGCCUUUCACGCCCGUGGCUCACCGCACCCUGGAGGACAUCACGGGGCGGCUCAAGCGCUCCUCCUGGAACAAGAACCUGCUGGAACCGUCGCAGCACACCACACUCUACCCGGCACUGUACGUUGGCGAGCACGCCAAGGCGAGCUAUGCGCUGGCUGCUCUGGUGGACAAGAACAUGCCGGUGAUGAUGUCACGAGACCGAAGGAUACCUCUCCUGGAAGGUCCCAUUUCGCCAGGUGGCCGUGCAACGGGGGCGACGGCCGACGACUUUGAGUCACCGGGAAGUGGCACGAAAAAACGAUCCUUCGUUUCUGCGCCAGAUAAAAAUGAAGAUGCCACAAUUGCAAACAAUGGAUACUACGAGUACCCGAACACCAUGGUGGCCGUGCUCUUCUCGAGGCUCCAGAUCGGGUACCGAAGCCCACCGCAGUCCGAAGAUCCGACGAGCCGGCGCGUCAGGGACCAGCAUGAUGUGCCCUCAGACGAAGUGCACAUAGAGGAACGGGUUAUCCCAACCAAGGACGUUGACGGUCUUGGCCCGGGAGGAGGGAACUGGGAGAUCGGGGACGAUGGCAAAAGCUGGAGGCCCAUUCCCUUCUUCAACCACAAGGGGGACGAUUGGGUUGGCAAGGAGGGCGCCAGGGCCAGGGGGGACAGCCUUGCGCGUCAGCGGCGCCGGCGUGUUGAUGCGGCGACCGAGACGCCGGCGUGGCCUCCAGAAGACACGUUGCUGUCCACCUUGGGCCAGUUUACCUGGUCCCAGAUGACGCUGGUGAUUCUGCUGGCAAGCAUGGCGGCAGCAGUGGCCUACCUUUACCCCCAGGCGAGAGAGUACCAGCGCUCGUCACGGAGUGGGAACCUGAGGGUCAGUGGUGGCAGUCAAAUUCUGGAAGUGACAGAAGACGGGGUCUGUCAUGUGGGCAAAAUCAGCUUUGACACACGAGACGUGAUUGGUCGUGGCUGCAAUGGAACAUUUGUGUUCAAGGGCACUUUUGAGAAGCGCCCCGUGGCGGUCAAGCGCAUCCUGCCGGACUGCAUCAGCCUGGCGAGCCGUGAAGUGGACCUGCUGCGCGAGUCCGACGAACACCCCAAUGUGGUCCGCUACUUCUGCAUGGAGGAGGACCGCCAGUUCUGCUACAUUGCCCUGGAGCUGUGCGAGGCCACCCUGCAGGACUUUGUGGAGCGUCCUGACUCGGAGGACUGGGGCCACCUGGAGUCCAUCACGCUACUCCACCAGGCCUCCUCCGGACUGCACCACCUGCACUCGCUCGACAUUGUUCACCGAGACGUCAAACCUCACAAUGUGCUCAUCUCGAGACGGAACGCCGCUGGCGAGGCUAAGGCCAUGAUCUCGGACUUUGGCCUGUGCAAGAAGCUGAGCCACGGACGGCUGUCGUUCUCGCGAAAGUCUGGUGUCACUGGCACCGACGGCUGGAUCGCUCCUGAGAUGCUGUCGGGUCACGGGCGAGCCACAAAAGCUGUGGAUGUGUUUUCGCUGGGCUGUGUCUUCUACUAUGUGCUGAGCGGAGGUCGGCACCCAUUUGGUGACAUCCUAGAACGGCAGGCCAACAUCAAGCAUGGACGGCACAACCUCUCGGAUGUCGGGACACACGGUCCUCUUGGCCAGUCCCUGAUUGAGCAGAUGCUGCACACAGACCCCCAGGAACGCCCCUCCGUCUCGGCGGUGGUGAAGCACCCCGUCUUCUGGGGCCCAAAAAGGCAGCUGGACUUCUUUCAGGACGUGAGCGACAGAAUUGAGAAGGAGCCGCCAGACAGCGCGGUGGUGCGUCGUCUCGAGCGGGGUGGCUUUGAAGUGGUGCGUGGUGAUUGGCGGGACCACAUCACCGAGGAACUGCAGAAAGAUCUACGCAAAUACCGCACUUACAAGGGUCAUUCUGUUCGGGACCUACUUAGGGCCAUGCGUAAUAAGAAGCACCAUUACCGGGAGCUGCCGGAGGCGCUGCAGUCCGAGCUGGGUACUAUCCCGGAGGAAUUUGUUGGCUACUUCACGUCGCGGUUCCCGCAGCUGCUGCAGCACACGUACCUGGCCAUGCAGGAGUGGCGCGCCGAGGCCACUCUGCGGCCGUACUACGCACACGACGGAUCGGCCGAGCUCCGGCUGUCGCAGGCGCACCAGCCCCCGCUCCAGGGGGGUCCCUCCUUUCCCUGGCAGUGGCGGCGGCGGAAAGCAGACACCGCCAAGCUCAAAGACGGGGAGGGAGGAGAAGCCUCGGCUGCAACUGGUGUGGAGACCGCAGCACCAUUUGACCGGCCACCGGACUCUACAGAUCCUCGUCCGCCUUCAGACUUGGGCAGCCCGCAAUCUGCCAACAGCGUCAAGGAACACCGGAAAUCUUCGCCAAGAAGAUUGUCUCCCAACAGUGCCUGGCGUGUUGACGUUGCCGACACCAAACCCCAGGUGCUCGAAACAAUUCCCAGUGGCGAGUACCUCGAGAGCACAAAGGCCGUCAUUACAGUCGACCGCGUGGAGGCCUCGGAACCUGAUACCGUCAACGUUGGUGCCAGUGCAGAACGGGCAAGUCUUGGCGCACCAAGAAGCGCCGUUGUGAGGCUUUCCAACAGCGGCAGUCCCAAGCGACGUUCCCCGAGCCGUGACACCAACUGGCGUAGCCGCAGUCCCGUCACGGGCGGGGAACAUCGGGAUUUCAUUCGAGACGCUGACGGGUCUUACACUGCUGACGAUGUGGUCGAACCUGAUGAUUUCUUGAGGCGUAGGACGAGACUUAACAGUGCGAGUCCGAAGCCAACCAGAUUGAACCGGAAGCACAGGUCGCCGAGUCACAACACAAACUGGCGUAGCCGGAGUCCUAGUGUCGCCGCAGAAAGCCAAGAGCAAGAGAGCAGGGCAAGCGAUGACAGUGCAGUCCUAGGUAGCGCAGCGUCCGGUGCAGCAGAGUUGCGAAGAGCCUUGGCCAAGCACGCCAACAGCAGUCCCAGACCGGUUGAAGCGGACAAGACACAAUCUUCUCCGAGUCGAGAUACAAACUGGCGUAGUCCAAGUCCAACUGUUCCCAAGAAAUGCCAGGACUCACAAGAAAGUCCCAACAAAGGUAUCACUAGGGAAAUGCCCAUUGACGAAGCUGCUGUGUGUGAAGUGGCCAGCGAUGAAAAGGUUGCCAGCAAAGCAGCUACCAACUCGAUUAAGAAGCCCAUCAUUCAUGUUGACGAGAAGACUUUGAACGGUGACACCUCCUCUCUCAAAGCAAAGGACGUUGCUGACGUGCCACAUCAGCAACAACCCGACGACCUAACUAAGGACGUCGGAGAGUGGCAGGAAGUCAUGCGGAGACAGUCUCCUUCAAAGCAGUUGUUUCUACCGGUGCUAACCGUUUUGCCCCGGCGUCGCCGUAGUUUUUCAGCCGGUGAAGGUGCUGCCGAUGUUCUUGCUACUGUCACGUUAAAGAAAAACUGAAGGGAAACUGGCUGUGUUCGUGCUUAGAAACUGGUUGCUUGGUUUCCACUUAGCAGCUCCUUGUCGACGUCCGAAGCCCUUUGACCUCGUCUGCAGUUGUUGCCUUCAGAAAUGCACGUAGAUGUUGAGAAGGUGUGCUUUGAAGGUGGGAAGUGUGCGUAUGAGAUAAGACAGAGUUAUCUUUUAUAGGUGUCCAACCAAGCCUUCAGCACAGUACCUCGAUGUUUGCAAGCCACUGGAACAUUGUAACGAAGUGCUCAAGUGUGGUACAAAGCUGAAUUAGUUUCCUGCUCUUUGAAGGCUGCUGCUGACGGCUUAGAGCGAUAACUGCAUGGGGAAGUGGGAAGUAUUUGGGGCGCCCCCUAUGGUGUUCCAGAAUGAUGUCGUAAAGUGACUUCACUUAAGUGGGAGCUUUCAGUGCACGUCGUAUCGGGUCUUGUCUGAAAUAGCGCGAUAAAUACACAGUGCGUCGUACAGACUGGAGUGUAGUGCGGGUUAUAUUUUGGUUUAGUGUUUGUGUCAUUCGUUAAAGCGCACAUAUACAACACUGUUGAAUGCCCGAAGUAUUUGCAAGCGACUGCCGUGGGCCCUGUUCGUGAAACUGCCCUUUUGCAUGAAAUCGGCGCACAUUGCCUUAGCUAUGAAGCUUGCAUCUAUUCCAGUCAGUUUCUUUUACCUCUGUUUCACUUGCUUUGAGCUGAAUUGUCUGUUGAAGGGAGAUAGAUUGGACACGAAUAAAUUGUACGAACGUGGUUUUAAUAGCGCCUCUCCUGAGGCUUACUACAAAGGUUUGAUUUCUUCAAUCAUCUGUGUUCAUCGCCGCUUUUUCUUUUCCUCGCUUUCUGGGACCAAGUGGUAGUAUUUCUAGCCUGUGCACCAGUAAACAUAAGUUCAGGUAGAGAUAGAGCAUUCAAGUAUGAUUCUUCGUGCCUUUUAGCUCUUUCGCAAACUCUCUAUAGGUGGGCAGGUGUUCUAUACCACAAAGAAAGUGACAGGUUUGAUAGCCACACGAGCUGAGAAUAAUCUCGAAUUGUAGAUCAUGGACAAAGGGGUGCCCGGUGAUAGAUUGUGUAUGCCGAUUUAUUUACUGAAAACUUUGUUACUGACACUUGCACAUUAUUUUACAGACGAAUGCACCGAUUAUACACAACUACAGAUAUAAGUAUCGUAUGACUAGCAGGCUUUCAAGUACUAUAGUCUUGCGAAGUUGACUAUAUAGAUAGAGAAUAUUUAAGGCACUUAGUUUCAGGAUGUACACUUAGCUUCAUUUACUCUUUCUUCCAGUGCAGGGGUCAUAGAAAUCGUGGCAUUUUGACUAUGACUAAAUCUCUGUGCUAUGCACUGAAUGACAAAAAUUUGUUAAGGGUGUUCUGGAAGCAGACUGCAAACACAUACCACCACCUCUGUUAUCCCAGGUGUUAAUAAAGAAAUAUUGUGCUAGUAACAUUGGUGUUCUUGGAGGCUAGAGCAAUACACUCGAACCUAAGUUGUUCUUUAAUGGCUUUCUCACUUCGACAAGCACCGAGAAACCUACAUUAGGUCUAUUUGUAGCUUCAAUCUGCUUUUGGGUGUAGGCCGACUUUCCUAUUCUUGUGUCUGUAAUAUUCACAUCUUUAGAGGCCAGACCGUUUGGGUUUAAUGCAGGGUUUCUGCUUGAACACCUGAGUGAAAAAUGUACUUUCGGGUUUGCUGUAUCACUUUAUAGUCACGGUGUUGUUGCUAUGUGCAUACUGCCUUGGAAGUGCUCUUGAAUCUGUAGAUAUAAUAGGUAGGGAUUAUUUUUUCUCAUAACACAAGGCAAUGAACAGGGCACACCUGUCUGUUGCCUCUCUUGCUGUUUAAUGCAUGAAAGAUCUGCUAACUGUUCUGCUCAAGAUAUGCUCAAGGAGUGUUACGACUUAUUCCUGUCAUUCAUGUUUUGCUACUCCUAAACUUUCUUCAGGUGACUGUCUGCUUCUAUUACGUGCUUGGUGGCAUUGCUGGUAAGUUUGGUAACAUCCAGGGCAAAUGAAGUGGAAAUACUUUCUGGCAUGUUAUUUAUUAUUAUUAUUAUUUUUUUUUUUGCUAUUGGAGUCGUGCUCUAGAUAGGCACAGAUUUCAUAUGACUUGUUCACACUAACUAAUAUCAAAAUUGAGAAAACAAUUCCCAGGCAGGUACGUGUUGACCUAGUACAGUCAAUGACCACUUUUGUCACCAUGAUAAUAGCCGGGGAAAUCUUAGCUUCCUUAUUAUUUAUUUAUUGUUUUUAACUGUUCAUCUCUGUGUUCUGUACAAGGAGUCUUUAAUGGUACAGUGAAAGGGUGAAACUGCGGGCAGCACAGGUGGAUGAUGAUCGACAAAAUUGUAAACAGUACGGUUGGGCGAUGGAGUAUUUCACUACUCACUGUGGCUGAGCUGGCUUUCGUGACUGGUUGUGUAUGUGUCGCAGGGAUUAGUGAUCUAAUAAAUCUUUCGGUAUUCACCCACUUAAAUUGGCACAUGACUAGGAGGUUGUACCUGUGGGGCUUGCCAAGAGAAGCAAACCUUUUCGUUGUUCGUUAAUGACUUCACGUCAAGCAUCUGGCUAUUAUUCGGUGCACAGAACAAGAUAGAACAAGCUGUUGAAUUUUUUAUAGCUGUUGCCAUCUCGAUUAGAAUGUGACAUUUGGCCACAUAGGCAAGUCUAAACGGCAGGAUCCUUCUACAUCCCUAUAUUUCGUGUCAUCAUUCUAACUAACCGGUGGGUUUCGUUUGUGAAAUGUCAGGUGUUGCCUUUCCAGAAAUACUCCUGAAGUUUGACUUUAGGAAUCUGAUGUUUACAACCACUUUUUAAUCACUUCUCUGCAUUGUUUUUUGGUUCUCUUACAAUAUUUAAUCUUGGUGAUCACUCAAUUUGACUUUAUAAAUCCAAUAUUUAUGAUCACUUUCAGUUACUCAUUCUUUGCAUUUCUUGGUUCUCUAUUAUUACUUCUUGUGGAUUGCCCCAUUGUAACUUCGCCAUGUGAUAUGUAUCGUAACAUGGCCAAGUUACAUGUAACUAAGCCAACAUGUGGCUUUGUUACAUGCAUUGAGUUGCCGGGAUUUAUAUUUGGGGCCACAUUCUUAUGCCUUGUUGGCUAUCGACUUCUUGUAUAUACCAUGUUACUGUAUUUUCACGCAUAUAUUAUAACACACCCCCAAUUACAACCCUCAGAUAAAACAAUGUUUCCUUCAUGUCCUUUUAAAAUCAACAGGGCGCAAUUGUCGGCUCAAGAUAAUGCUCUAGAAGCAACCUUUAUUUUGUAUUUUCAUACGCUGCUUCUUUCACUGGCAAUGUCUGUCAAAGCACGGUGUGGCUUCACAGCAAUGCAGUGUGUUGAGCGCGGUUUCGUGACAACAUGCUUAGCAUUGCCGUGAAGCGACACCGCAACGCACUUUGUACUUAAGUUUCUUGAAUUCUUGGCGCGAGUUAUGUGCACGUAAAUAUGGUGUCCCACCGUGUUUUCUUCCUGCCCUACAUCUCAUUUUUGCUUGCAAGACAGGUAUUGCUUUUUUUUCAUGUGUACGACUAUGUUGCAUGUUGCAUGAAGUUGUUUACUUGAUUCAUAUACAUCAACCCGACAAUCGGCCAUUCAAGAUGUUAGCACGAUUGACUGCGCACGUACAAAACACAAACCACAUGAGGGAACGUGAACAGGACAAGCGCAAACUAGCCAUCUCUUUCAGCACUUGUGUGUAUCUGACUAUUACAAAUUCCUUCCUUUCCAUCGUGUCUUUCUCUGCUCUGUGCUUGUCCACAUUCAACACCUGCUUAAGGUAGGUCCUCCACCAGAGCUCAGUGUAGUUAUCUCGUAAUAGUUCUUGUAACUCGGAGUUCUGUGGAGUUCUUGUAAGUCAGUGGAGCUCUCGCAACUUGUAGUAAUUGGAGACACACAAGUUCUGAAAUAGACUGCUAGUUCGCGUUCAUCCCGUCUGUGUUUCCUUGUGUGAUUUGUGCUCUUGUGCGCAGUUUAUUAUGCUAACAUAAAUGCACCAACUAGCACACCAAGGUAUCUUAGCCAUUUGAUAUGGCAGCUCUAUUUGCACAACCUUCUAUAAUGUGUGCAUAUUGCCUUGCGAAAAGAUAUCACUUUUAACUGUUGUCACAGUCAUCGCUAAAAUUUAGCUCCUGCCAUCCUCCUGCUUUGGACGGCAUUUGAUUUGUGUAAACUGCAUCACGAGAAAAAGAUUUUUGACAGCCAAGUACUGCCAAUAAUAUUUGUAGCGAUAUAUCCACUAAGAAAACGGAGAUGUCCAAAUUUUCUUUGCCUCUGUUCAUGCGCUCCAACUUCACUGAGAUCGUGGAGAUUCAGUGGAAGUUCGUAAACACGUUUGGUCCUAGAAGGUCGUGGUUGAUGGUGCCUUUUUGGUUUAAAAAGUAGUUCUGGUCUGAGCAUCUCGUGUUGCUUAUAUUUUGUGGACAGUUUAACGUGGGACAUUACAAUUUUUGGCUGUCUGGAAAGUAAAUACUGUGGGAACAGCUGAUGCUGGGAUUAUGUAUGCUUUUGUCUUUUAAAAGUAACCUGCACUGUAAUAUUGUGUGGGCUUUCUUUGCUUGCCACCUGCCUUGACAGAGAACGGCAAGAACGAACCUAAAAUAUUUUUAUUUUUUGAUAUUGUUUUAAUCCUAUCAGAUUUUCUUGCUUUAUACUCGGCAGGGACACACUGGCAACCAAAAUCAUUAAUUUUUUCUUUCCUCUUGUGGGUUUCCUAUCGUUGAAACUUCUGUCGGUUUGCAACACAUGUACACACAAUGCACUUUGUGCAGUGAUGUUUUGUCUGUAUUAUUUGAAUGAAAAGUCGUUUGGGCACGAAUGGACAAUGUGCAAAAUGAACUAUAAUGGGAUCUACCGGUGUAAUGUCUACAUAUCUUUUUUUCCCUGUGUUAUCAAGUGUGCAUCUUCACUGCGUUACCUGUAAUAUGAUGAUCUUUGAACACGAUUUGUGGUGUAGUGUGAAUCCAUGUGGUACGGCAUUCGUCUCUCUUUCAAUUCGCGCAGCAGGCAUUAUAGUUACAGUCGGGAUUUAUUUUAGUAGCAUCACGGCUUGCUAAUAGGCGUGACUUUCAAGUUAGGAAUUCCACGAAGCUGUGGAAUCCUUAAUGUUGCGACAUCACGAAGAGUUGCACGACAAAGAUCUUUUAUAAGGGCCAUGAUCGUGAUAUAGAGCUUGUGGUCUAUACGCAUGUGCUUUUAUUUUUGAAUUGGGGGUGUUUGAUUUGAGUGUUUUUUAUUAUAUUUCUCGCAGUCUGCUAAAUUUUCGUGGGGCACUGCAUACAAUUAGCAGCUGCCAUUAUUCUCAGAACUGCUGCUGAAAAUUUGCCAUUAUGGAAAUGCUACUUUGGAGUCCUAGCUGUAAUCACUUUAGCGAAGCGUGGUUUGGCCGUUUUUGUGCGAGCUACUAGAGGACAUUUUUUUUUCGUUAGUUCUUGUUCACUUAUUGCUCGUUUGUCAUUGAAGAGGAAUGUUAUGUACAUAUUUUUGCCUCAUGUGUAAAUACGACUUGUUAUAUGAAUACCUUUUACUCUUAUGAUGUUGUGGUCGUUAUUGGUGUUGUAUGCACGUGAUGGGAAAUGGCCAUGCAUAAAACUUUUUUUAGCUGAA